AUGGAAAUGCAGCAAAACUGCAGCAUUUCAUGCUUCUGGGAAACUCAGCCUCUUGGUUGUGUGAAGAUCAGUUGUAUCUUUUAUCACAGCAAACCUCGAAAUAUCAAUGGAUUAUUUUUGCCACCAAGUAGCAAUAUCACACCGCAGAAAGAAACUCAGGAAGGAAUUCCACCCCCAACCCAGAGUCAGGUACCUCUGAAACCUCAGGAGAAUAUAUCACGACCCAUUCACCAUCCCUUAGUUUUAAAAACAAACUUUGAGGAAGAAGAGGAGGAAGAAGAUGAACAAAAUGAUGCUUCUAGUUUAUGGACAAAGACUCCUGAAGAAAUUGAAGAAAAAAGAGCAAUAAAGGAGAUGUGUUAUAAAUCUGGUGAAUACUACAGAUUUCAUACUCCUCCACAUACUUUAUCAUCUAAAAGCAUAGCCUCUACGGUGGAAAAAGAGUUAGAAAAGCCUUUGGAAAAUGGCAGUGAAUUGCAGGAAGGGGACAGUCUGACAGUUCCAACAAAAUUCAGCCUAUUUGAAAGGCAAGGUGAGAUAAAAGCAUCACUGGAUAGGAAACCAAGGACUGACAGUGCUGCUUUUGAAAAUGGAGGAGGUGACUGCUACAUUCCACAGAGGAUCAUAUUUCUUGGAGUAGACGAAAAUGAAGCUUUAACUGAAGAGAAAGAAAUCACGAUGUCGAAAUGUUCAAAUGCUAAAGAUAACAAGGACAGUCCUCAUCCAAAGCGUUCCCUAACUACCCGACUAGUACCUACAACGCAUGUAUUAAAUGCUACUGAGAAUAUCAGUAUGAAGUGCAGAGAGGACCCCUCUUCAAUACAUGAUGUCCAGCCAGUGAGGAAGCCUCAUUUUAAAGGCGUGAAAAAAAGAAAAUGGAUUUAUGAUGAACCAAAGAACUUUCCUGGCCCAGGAAUGCAGAGAGCAGUACAGGCUCCAAAUCCCCAAAAUAAAAUGAGUUACCAUCGCAAUAAUAAAAACGGAAAUUCUGAGAAUGCCUCCUAUAUCCAUGUUCAGAGAGAUGCUGUCAGAACUGUCUCAAUGAAUGCACCUCCCCGCAGCAGGCCCACACACGGGUCCUACAAUAAAGUUGAUGUUAACAAGGAGCCCAAAUUCAACCUCUGUUCAGAUAAAUAUAUGUCAACAUCAUAUAAUGGUUCAGCCUGGCGAAAAAGAAUUCCUUUUUCAAAAACAUAUUCAAAAACUGAAAAGAUAUAUACAGAGCCAAGAAGAAAUGGGAGCAAGUAAACCUGGAGGUUGAAAGAAGAGAAUAAUG